GCCCGGAAAGCAGUGCUGACGAAUCGUUUUCCCCCGCCUGUCGCUUGCCGAGCAACAACGACAACUUAUUCCUGCAAUGCGUAAGCCACCACAGAGGCAGAUCACAUACCCAGCCGUCCUCUACAUGUACUGACUUCGGUUCGUGCAUCCAAAAUAUCAGAAUUCAUUUACUGGUGGGAUUUGCGCUUUCUUCCAUCGUCUUCACACAUCUCUUCUGUAUUCUUGAUCGAAACGCUACGAACGUACUGAAAAUGUCCAACUCUGAAGUAGAGAGCCCUUGGUACGCCGAGUUCCCGGAGCCCAAGGCCACUGCCACCACCAUCACCCGAAUUACCCUUCUCUCGUGGAUGACCGAAGGAAAGCUAGCUGGCAAGGAUUUUGUUCUUGUGGACCUGCGGAAGGCAGACUACGAAGGCGGUACGAUUCGGGGGUCAAUCAAUCUCCCCGCGCAGUCUCUUUACCCCACCAUUCCAUCACUUUACAAUCUCUUCUCAAGCGCAGGAAUACCGACGGUGAUCUGGUACUGUGGUUCUUCCGGUGGUCGUGCUACUCGCGCAGCAAGUUGGUUUGCAGAUUACAUCAAACAUCAGAAUGAUGUCAAAAUGGAAAGCGAUAUUCUUGAAGGCGGCAUCAAAGGUUGGGCAAAGGCAGGUCCCGAGUACGUGGGAUUAAUGAACGCCUACAAUCCUUCAUCGUGGCAGUAGACUUGUCAACUAGACCAUCCUCAAUGAUCCU